CAUUCAUUCCUUUGGCAACAUCUAGAGUUCAAAGUUGGCCCCUACAAGACACAACCGCAAGCUUUCCAUCUUCAUUAUUUGCCACUGAUUUAUUAUCCAUGGAAACCACCAUGAUUCUUCCAUUUUCUCAGCUCCCCUUCUGCCCACCAAAACCCUGCAGAAGCAGCAAAGCUUCUCCUUUCAGAUCUUGGAAGCAGAGGAAUUCAAGACCAACUCGUUUCAACUGUCAAAAGAUGUAUGUCCCUGGGUUUGGAGAAGCAUCACCAGAAGCCAAGGCAGCUAAAAACCUCCACAAUUUCUUCAACUACAUUGCAGUUAAGAUUGUCUCUGCACAGCUUCAGAGCUAUAAUCCUGAGGCAUAUAAAGACCUGAUGGAAUUUCUGGAGAGGCACUCAUUAAAUGAUGGAGACAAGUUUUGUGCAGAUCUGAUGAGGGAAUCUGCCCGACAUCAAAGUUUAGCGUUGCGCAUACUAGAGGUUAGAUCUGCAUACUGCAAGAAUGAUUUUGAGUGGGACAACUUAAAGCGGUUGGUUUUUAAGGGAGUUAAUGAAGCUAACACAAAACUUAUGAGAGAUUAUGUCUCGGAAACUACUCGGGUAGAAAGUGAAAAGUAAUCCAUGAGCGUACAUAAAUGCCUCAUAAUAUAUUGUAACCUAUACAUUUAAUGAAUUGACAAUGUAUCUCCAUAAUAAUGGAUCCCACAAUUCAAACUACACCUAGUUAUGGUUAUAAAAGGAUUAAUUAAAGAGCUUUUGCGAUUGGGAUUCA